GAAGGGUUUCCUUGAAUCCCCACUCAUCCUCAAAUAAAUACUCUCAAUGGCCUCCAUGUAUCCCUUCCCUUCCCAGCCCAACACACAGCUCUCUUACUCAGAUUCAACACACACACAAACACACGCUUACACACGCAUCAUCUGUUUUUUGCUCUAACAUCUCAAUCUUCUCCCUGUAAAUUUUAGAAGAAGAAAAAGAGAGAAAUAAAGAUGCAAUCCAGUAACGGUUCUGAUCCGCAACAACCACAGAAUCAACAGCAGCCGGCUGCGGCGGCGCCGCCACCAACACAGCCACCACAGCAGCAGCAACAGCAACAGCAACAGUGGGUGGCGAUGCAGUAUCCGGCGGCGAUGGUAAUGCACCCCCAGAUGAUUCCGCCGCAUUACCCGCCACAUUACAUGCCGUACCACGCCCACCACCAUCACUACCAACCCCAGCAGCAUCAACAACAACACCAGCAAUCCAACGGCGAGAAUAAGACGAUCUGGGUAGGCGACCUCCACAAUUGGAUGGACGAGGACUACCUCCACAGCUGCUUCGCUUCCACCGGCGAGCUUACUUCCAUUAAGCUUAUUCGCAAUAAACUAACUGGUUCGUCAGAGGGCUAUGGAUUUGUGGAGUUCUUUUCACAUGCUGCAGCUGAGAAAGUUCUACAGAACUAUACUGGCUGUGUGAUGCCUAAUGCAGAACAACCUUUCCGUCUGAACUGGGCUACUUUUGGCAUGGGUGAUAAGCGUUCAAAUAAUGGUUCUGAUUUUUCUAUAUUCGUAGGAGAUUUAGCUUCAGAUGUUAUUGAUAGCUUACUGCAUGAAACUUUUGCUAGUAAAUAUCCAUCUGUUAAAGCUGCUAAAGUUGUCAUUGAUGCCAAUACUGGCCGUUCAAAAGGUUAUGGAUUUGUGAGGUUUGGAGAUGAGAAUGAAUGGUCACAGGCCAUGACUGAAAUGAAUGGCGUAUAUUGUUCAAGCAGGCCCAUGCGUAUUGGUGCUGCGACACCGAGGAAAUCGUCUGUACAUCAACAACAAUAUUCUUCUCAUGGUAGAGAUGUUUCAAAAGGUGCUUCAGCCCAAGGCUCCCAAUCUGAUGUUGAUUCUACAAACACAACAAUUUUUGUUGGAGGGCUUGAUCCCAGUGUCGCAGACGAAGAUCUCAGGCAGCCUUUCUCCCAAUAUGGUGAUAUAGUUUCUGUAAAAAUACCACUUGGGAAAGGAUGCGGGUUUGUACAAUUUGCUAACAGAAAUAAUGCUGAGGAAGCAAUGCAGAAAUUGAAUGGUACUGUAAUCGGUAAGCAAAUAGUGCGGCUUUCUUGGGGACGAAAUCCAGCAAAUAAGCAGUUGAGAUCUGAUUUUGGUAACCAGUGGAGCAGCGCAUAUUAUGGAGGGCAGAUUUAUGAUGGUUAUGGAUAUGCUUUGCCACCACCUCAUUACCCAGGCAUGUACGCUGCACCUGCUGUUUCAUAUGGGGCUUAUCCUGUGUACGGCACCCACCAACAGCAAGUAAGCUGAAAGGCUGCCCAAGCAAACACAUUUAGUCCUAGUGAUUGGAAACGCGCUUAGAAUGGGCCUAUCUUCUUUGUUUCCUGUAGUUUGCUUGAUUCUGUAGAACCCCUCCAAAGUGGAGUGGAACCGAAUUUUGACUCUAUGAGGCAGUUUUAGGAUUUUAUUAAGCAUUGUGUACAAGUGCGGGAUUUAACGUGAAACUUCUUAAUUUAAAUAAAUGGUGUGGUAUGCUUCUUAAAUCAGAAA